AGGAGUUCCCCCUCCGCUCGUAGGCCCCUCCCAGACACGCGUGAGAGUGAUCCGGAGCUCGGAGAAGAGCCUCAGUUGCACGGGACCGCAAGAACGUCGCUGGACCCGGGAGGACCGGAGCGAGAGACGCCACCGUGGGACUGGAGUUGUGCUCAGGCUGAAAGAUGUUCUCCUCUGUGAAGGCCUUUGAGGGGCAGCAUUACUCCAACCUCAAGAGGCAGUGUCUACAGAGUGGACGUCUGUUUGAGGACCCACUGUUCCCGGCCGUAGAUCACUCGCUCUUCUACAUGGGUAACAGGAUCGGCCGUGUGCACUGGAAAAGACCCGGGGAGCUGUGUGAUGAUCCUCACUUGUUUGUGGAUGGGAUCAGUGCCCAUGACCUGCACCAAGGGCAGCUGGGAAACUGCUGGUUUGUGGCGGCCUGCUCCAGCCUGGCUUCCCGAGAGUCACUGUGGCAGAAAGUUAUCCCAGACUGGAAGGAGCAGGAAUGGGAUCCAGAGAAGCCAGAGUCUUAUGCAGGAAUAUUCCACUUCCGCUUCUGGCGGUUUGGGGAAUGGGUGGACGUGGUGAUCGAUGACCGUCUCCCCACAGUGGAAAACCAGUUGGUCUACUGCCAUUCAAAUGAUAGCAACGAGUUCUGGAGUGCCCUUGUGGAAAAAGCCUAUGCCAAAGUUUAUGGCUGCUAUGAGGCCCUGGAUGGUGGAAACACAGCCGAUGCCCUGGUGGACUUUACUGGCGGCGUGUCAGAACCCAUGGACCUUCUGGAGGGCCAGUUUGCUCAGGAUGAAGUCGCCAGAAACCAGCUCUUUGAGAGAGUGCUCAAGGUCCAUAAUCGAGAUGGCCUUAUCAGCUGCUCUAUCAGGGCAACCACAGUAGAGGACAUGGAGGCGAGACUGGACUGUGGGUUAGUGAAAGGCCAUGCCUAUGCGGUGACCGACGUUCGCAAAGUCCGUCUGGGACACGGCCUGCUGGCGUUUUUCAAGUCAGAAAAGCUGCACAUGAUUCGCAUGAGGAAUCCCUGGGGUGAAAAGGAGUGGAGUGGACCUUGGAGCGAUAGCUCAGAAGAGUGGAAGAAAGUGAGCAAGAGUGAGAGAGAGAAACUAGGGGUCACUGUUCAGGAUGAUGGAGAGUUUUGGAUGAACUUUGGAGAUUUCUGUCACUAUUUCACUGACCUGAUCCUGUGUCGACUGAUAAACACUUCUUACUUGAGUAUUCAUAAGACCUGGGAGGAGGAGGUGAUGAGGGGCUCCUGGAUCCACCGUGAAGAACCGCUCCGCAACCGUGCCGGAGGCUGCAUUAACCAUAAAGCCACAUUUCUGCAAAACCCACAGUAUGUUUUUGAUGUGAGGAAAGUGGAAGACGAGGUGCUGAUCUGCCUGCAGCAAAAAGAACGCAGAGCUACUCCCAAGGAGGGCAAAGGCGAGAACCUGGCAAUUGGAUUUGACAUCCAUAGGGUGGAGUUGAAUAGGAAAUACAGAAUGCACUCAGCCCAGCAGAAGGUCGCAGGGUCGAUCUACAUCAACUCUCGCUGUGUCUUUCUAAAGAAAGAGCUAAAGGAAGGACGUUACGUCAUCAUCCCCACAACCUUUGACCCAGGUCAAAAAGGAGAGUUCCUGCUCAGAGUCUUCACUGAUGUGCCUUCAGACUGCAAAGAACUAACUCUGGACGAGCCUCCUCAGACGUGCUGGACCGGGGUGUGCGGUUACCCUCAGCUGGUCACCCAGGUGCAUGUGUUAAGUGCCGAAGGCCUGCAGGGCCAAGAUGCCAAUGGAGAGCUACACUGCUUGAUCUCCCACAAGACACGGUCUGACUUCUGCAUAGGAGCCUCUGACCCAUAUGUGAUCAUCACCUGUGAGGGGGAGAAAGUUCGCUCUCCUGUGCACAAAGACACACGCUGCCCUAAUUUUGACAUUAAGGGAAUAUUCUACCGCAAAAAGCCAAAGGAAGGCAUUCACAUUGAGAUCUACAAUAAGAAUGUGAUUGUUGACACCUUCCUGGGUCAGGUGAUCCUCUUUAGUGACCCUAACGACCGCCAAGAGCAGCACACGGUCUAUCUUAAAGACAAGGGUAGUCACCAAGACAACAACCUUCCAGGCACACUGACUGUACGUGUGAUCACCUGCACCACUUUAACCAACAUCUGAUCAGAAACUAAACGCAGCCUCAUGCAUCCUGCCACUUCACUCUCUCUGCUUGGGUUCUUCAUUCACCUACAAGGCCUUUAGACCUCAUAAUUUAUUUAUUUUUUCAGUAAAUGGUUAGUUGACCCUAAAAAAGUUCUGUCAGAAUUUACUCACCCUCAUGUCAUUCCAAACCUUUUGCUGUUAUUUUUUCAGUGGAGCAAAAAGGGAGACGUAUAAUGAAUCUUAAUGACUGCAUUCAUAAAGAUCUUAAAGGGAAAGUUCAAUCAAAACAAAAUUCUGACAUCAUUUACUCACCCUAAAGUUGUUCCGAAAAGAAGAUAUUUUGAAGAAUUUUCAUAACCAAACAGUUUGGUUACCAACAUUAUUCCAAAUAUCUUCUUUUGAUUUAAACAGAAGAAAGUACCUCAAAAAGGUUCGGAACAACUUGAGUACACGAUGACAGAAUUUUCAGUUUUGAUUGAGCUAUUGUUCUAAAAGCAUCGUAAAUGUAUUCCAUAUAAUUUAUUCCAAAUCUUUUAAAGCAGUAUAUGAGGCCUUAGUCAGGGUAGUGGCAUGUUUCAUUUUUGACAGGAAUGAAAGCGAGGCUGUGAGGCAUGGAGGUACAGUUAAUUCAGUGGAUUGUACUGUUGUUUAACAUCAUACCAAUUGUUCAGCUGACGAAAUGACUUUUGGAAAAAAACACUUUCAGUAGACAAACACUCCAUAAUAUGGAAGCCUGUUUCCACCACUGAAUAAAAAUUGUAAAAUAUUAAAAUAUAUUGCGUGAUAUAAAUUCGCAAUUGCGAGUUAAAAAGUCAUAAUUGUAAGAUAAAAAAUCGAAUUCUGUGAAAUAAAGUCAGAGUUGUGUGAUAUAAACCCGCAAUUGUGAGACAUAAAGUUGCAAUUCUGAGAAAUGAAGAGUUUAUACCAGACAAUACUGAGAAGAAAAUUCAGAAUUGCAAAUUUUUACUUAUUGAUUCUUUUUUUUUUUUUUAGUUGUGAAACAGGCUUCCAUGCCAUAAAACUGUUUUUAAAGUUGUGAGUUAUGAAAAUGACACUAAGAUCUUUAUGCAUGCCAUUGUAAAGACCGUAACAUGGUGUCUAGUCUGAAUAAGGUCUAUAGACUGAAAUUUAUUAUUCAGUGAUAAUCUUCCGCACUGGUGAGCUGUUAUCUUGAGAACUCAUUGUGAUUAGAUUAGAUUGAAAAGUGAGUUGAACUUGUUCAUUUUGAUUCAUGAACAAACCGUUCGAUCUGAUUCACAGUUCUUAAGUUCUAACUGAAUGACCACUGUUCCAUGAUUCAUUAGUCACUAUAGUCACAUGAUGGGCCACGUCUCGUCUGCCAGAUCACUGAAUGUAGCCCAGCCCUGGGAAAUGAUUCAAAUACGAUUUUCCCCUUGUCUCUCUUUCCAUCCCUUCUCUUCCACACACUCAUCAAAUAUUCAGUCAGUGUCAACAUGUGUGCCCGUUCACACAGUUUCUCUAAAGAUGCACAGUGACGUCGAGGUCCAUCUGUUUACAGAGACCUUGAUCUUUAGCAAGACCUGGUCAGCUCUCAUUUAGCUGAAAGAUUUCAGUGACCGGUGGGCCGCAGCAGGCACUUCUUUGGAUUCUCCAGGUCACGUCGCUUAGCAACAGGAGUCUGGAAAAGAACCUACUGGAGCAUAAGGGUCUCAAGUGGACCCUCGGCCAAAAGCCCACCUGGACUAUCCGCCAGGCCAUUCUUUGCCUGAAAACACGGAUGGAGAUUAUUAAAAUGCCAGAAGGUUUGAUAAGCAUUUAACCUUUUUGUACGUGUGUGUAUUUUUAGGUGACCAGAUAGUCCUGAUUUAAUGAAUUCUAUAUCCCGACAAAGUUAUAUUCAAGAUAAAAAUGUUCCUAAUAAUUUGUAUUAGCUUUAGUUUGACACCUGUAAACAGUGUUUUAAAACGUCAUCGCUAUGAUUUUUCUUUCAUUAGAAACCAGCCGUUUCAUAACAAGAGAUGUUUUUGAAGGCAGCUUAUGUGGCCCUUUUGACCAGUGUUAUUGUAGGAUUGUUUUUAUACUAUUUUGUUUUUUAUUAAUAUUUUCAAGUAGCCUUUAGCCUCGGUUUCAGUUAAAAAUUCAGUUUUAGUCAUUUUGCUAUUAGCUUUUUAAUUUUUUAGAUUAUUUUUAUAUAAGUUUAGUUUACAGUUUUUUUAGUGCUUCAAUUUUAAAAUGUUUUGUUUCAUUUAUUACCAAGGUAACAUUUCUCAUUUCCUCUCAGGUUCCUUAGUUUUAAGUCUGAUAUUUUAUACAUUUUAUUUUCUUUCAGCUUUCAAACCCAAAAAAAAAAGAGAGAGAUUUAAAAGUAAUUUAAAAGUUACAAUAACAACACUGCUUCGAUCCACUAAUAGAAGUUGUUGCAUUGUCCUUACAAUACAGAGAAGUGCUAACAUGCACAUUAAUUAAGUACACGCUAGUAUUUUAUAUUUUAUAUUUGUUCUUAGACUGUUUUGAAUUAAAACAGGCAUCAAAUCAGGCCAAAAUGUGCUUAUACUCUAUGUAAGCAUGUAUCCCGAUUUGGUUUUCGUGGUUGUCUGGUCACCCUGGUGUAUGAGUGCUUGUGAUCCAAUAGCCUUCAAACAUAACCUAAGGACCAUUAAAAGGUAAUGCAUGUUUAAAUCAAAGGGAAAUCAGUGCUAGCGGUGCUCAAAGGAUGGAGAGCAGGCCUUUAGACCCACAAAUAUCUUUACCUCUAAGGAUCGCGAGACUGUAAAACAAGGAUUUAUCUGUCUUAAUGACUUUCUAGUCAGACUCCUGCCAAGCAGCAAGAGCCAUUGUUUGAGCUACGCAAGAACUGCCUCACGAUUGCAUUAACAGAUGUUCUGUACUUAAGAGAAGGUCCCUCCUUUUGUCUCUCAACUCCACAUGACAAUGAAGAACUGCACCUUAACUACAGACCCGUGGUGACUAUCAUCACCAGCUUUGUGUCCUUUCCAAUGGCUAGUUGUGCUGUUCCACCAGAGACUGCUACCGAACCCUUUGUGCACUACAAUGACUUUCUGUAUGUUUUCAGUCACUAUAAGUGAAUUCUAGAAAACAGAAAUAAGUCCACAUCACACAACCUUUAUCAUGGUUGGAUAUGUUUCAGCAUCCUCUCAUGUAUUUUUAUUUGAAUGUCAGCUGCACUACUGUGAUUUCUGCAGUGUGUUGUGCUGAAGAUUUGAGGAUUUAUUCCUUCAUGAGUCAUGUUUGCUAAUUUUAGUUAUCUUAAUUAUCUUUUUUUGUAUUGUCUGUGAAGUAUUAUUUUGUUACCUUGUGUAAAGUUUCUUAAUUUUUUCCAUGGUGAAACAGAUGUGAAGGUCAAAUGGUACACAAGUUACCAUGAGCCUGUUUGCCAUUUUUAAUAUUGUGUGUCAAAAAAAAAUGUAGCAUAAGAAUCUCAAAUAUUAGCUUAUAAUGACUAAUGUUUAUAAAAUUUGUAAUGUUUGUAAAGUUGAGCUGCUGAUCCAAAUGAAUACUGAUGCUCAAACUAAGAGGAACAGGAAAAGAAGUGAGAAGAAGAGAAACACAAAGAGACCAAACGUUGUUAUAUACCAGGUUCGAACAAUACAGUGCCAAUCAGAGAAACAAUGUUGGAUGACAAGACCACUCUCAAACCCUGUGGAUUAGCCUUUGGCAAAAUGUGGUUCAUCGGAGACAAACUGAUUUUAUUCAGGCAUGAAUGAAGCUUUUUCUUUAGCUCUGUUACAUUUCAGUUUUUAUACAACCAGAUUGAAUCCACAACAAUAGCCCAGUCAUUCUUUUGCAUCAUCUGUACCUCCACAGGCCAGAUUAUGACGUGUAAACAGGGGAUUUGGCAAAACAAAAUUUCUUGUCUGUGGAUGGAUUUUACUUAUCUCCAUUUUGACCUCUGUGACUGAUUUAGUUCAUAGAAAGCAAUCUGUACUGAGCUGAGAGAUGUUAUAUUGAUCAUAUAAAUUCAAACAGCUACAUUUUAACAGAAAAUGUGAAUGUUUAAGUCAACAAACUCUCAAUAUAUUUAUUUCUCUGAAGCCUUACACUCUGGUUCAAAACGUUUCUUGGUUUGUUUGAGCAAUCCCACCAGCAACAUUGGCUUAACCAAUCGGAUGAGUGUGAGGCGGGGCUAUCUAUUUAUCUGACCAAUAGCAGACAAGGGGCUUGUUCUGGAAUUUGUGCACGUUUUUUAGGUAAUGUGUGCAGAAAUUACACACCUUAUACUGUUUAAUCUGACUAAACAAACUAAGAAAUAGCCUUAAAUCUCUUCAGCUGUUAAAGACAACAAAGCUUUCAUUAUUCAUUUUGCUUUGUUUUAUCCAAAGCUUAAAUGUAUAUUUUUUUUUGGGGGGGGGGGGGUUGUUUUUGAAGAGAAUGCUAUGAAAGAUGCCAGUGUGCCAGUACAGUUGGAGCCAUAUGCAUUUGCUGUUUUUUAUUUUAUUUUUAUUUUUUCUGUCAAUUUUGCCAAAUAACAUAAGUAGCCAAUGGCUUAUAAUGCCUUUUAAUGACAAACUUGUUCUGGUGUGAGGUGUUUUCUUAUGUAUUUUGAUUGUUCACAAGUUUUCUUUAAUUAUUACUGACACAAGUUUAAUUUUCUUUGGCCCUGGCCAUACGACAGAACAAUGAUGUUUAAAUGGUUAGAAGGUCCUGGUUCACUCAAAUUGCAGUGCAUGCUUCAGAUCAAAUAGAGGAACUUUUGCCAUGUCGUGUGUCAAGUUGAUCUUGAUGCGGUUUCCUAGUGCAAGUGUAAUUUUGCAUUGCAUGUGGGUUUGUGUUUGUUUACAAACAGGUUUUAUACACAGUAUGAAUUUAUACAGUAACUUACACACUGUUUGCACAGCUAAUGCAAUGUACUUAUGAAGGAAACAUGAAACAUAUUUGCAGAGAUUGCCCAGUUUGACUCUCUUGCAUAAUUUAUUUACAAUCUCAACUUGUAUUAUGUCUGUAGAGACUUUUAACUGCUUGUAAUCACAAGUUGAAUUCAGUUCCUCUGAAUCACUGGCAUUGUUUGAACUCACGUGUCACUGUUGGCCGUUAAUUGCUCUCUGUGAUGUUACUGGCUCUUUGGCCUUGACUGCUGCAUGAACUUUGGCUGAGUGCACCUCUUUUCUUCAAAACACACCGUCACAAACGCUGUCAUGCCAUGUUGGACGUUCUCUAGGCAUCUUGAUAGAGUACAGCCUUAAUAACCAGUGAAUGCUUGUGGAGCGAGCGAAUUCUAUCGCUCUUUGUCAUUGUUUUAACAUGGGUCAGACGUCCAGAGAAUGAGCUUGUGAUACUCUUGUAUUUUUUCUGCUGAUGUUCAACUUGAAACUAACGUAUAUACACAUAAACAGAAAUAUACAAACUAUCUUGCAUGGUAUCAUUCUAUGAAACACAGCUGAUAUUAUCUUUCUAACAGGAAUCUUUUAUCAGCAUUUUAUACUCCUUUGUUUACUAUUUUAUAUCUAGCCAUGAAUCUUGUGUUAAAAAACAACAACAAACAGACAUAUAUACUAUAUCUAGGGUUUCUGUAUCUUAUUUCUGUUUAAAUGUGUUUGAUUUUCCGUGCAAGUCUAUCCUGGGUUACACUGUGGUUAUUUGAUAUACUUAUUUGAAGUACUUUUUUUUUUUCUUUUGUAUUUUGUCAACUUGUGGCAUGACUUUGAAAUAAAAUAUUAAAAAUGCA